AUGAGCAGCUCCAGUUUCUUGGAUGACACAUCAGCAUUGGAUCCAUUCCAGGCCGACUUCUGCCCUGGCCGUGGAAUGGAGAUGGUGUUGGUCACCCUAACAGAUGACCUCCGCAGGACAGGGCUGCUUGCUGAUCUCUUGCCCAAGUUUGCUGUGGGAAUUAUGCCAGUUCUAAUAACUUUAACAUGGUCUUGGCUUUGCAUAGCUGUUACUGUGAAAGAGUGGGUGUUUGUGGGCUUGGUGAUCCUGGGUGCUUUUCUCUUCUUUUUCCUGAUUGGAAUCUGCUGGUGCCAGUGUUGCCCUCAUAGCUGCUGCUGUUAUGUCCGCUGUCCCUGCUGUCCGGAUACCUGCUGUUGUCCGCGUGCAUUAUAUGAGGCCGGAAAAGCUGCAAAGGCUGGGUAUCCUCCAGCAGUUACAUCAGUCCCUGGUCCUUACUAUAUUCCCACGGUCCCUGUGGGUGGCAUCCCAUCUCAUGCUGUCAUGAUGGAAAAGUCUCACCUUCCUCCAUUGGCACCCAGUGAAUCCAGCGCAGGAGGCCAAAGUGUACGCAAAGGCUACCGAAUCCAGACUGACAAAGACAGAGAUUCAAUGAAGGUGUUGUACUAUGUUGAGAAGGAACUGGCUCAGUUUGACCCAACGAGGAGGAUGCGAGAAAGAUACAAUAAUACCAUCUCAGAGCUCAGCUCCUUGCAUGAGCAAGAUGCCAACUUCCGCCAGUCUUUUCGCCAGGUGCGCAGAAAGCCACUCCCUCCUCCAGGAGAUCUCCUGGAGGGUGAUGCAGAGUACUGGGCAGGGGCUGGCAGUGGCAGUGGCAUGUCCAGACCCCAAACAUGCUCUGAUUACAGGGAUGAGAGGGGCAGCUUCAGGCUGAGUCAGCAGAGAUCAAAGUCAGAGAAGCUCUCUCGGAAGAGUUUCUCCAUGGGAGUGCCAGCCGUCUCCAUGGAUGAACUUGCAGCUUUUGCUGAGUCUUACAGCCGGCGUGCCCGUCGAACAGAAGGCAGUCAGGAACCCAGGCGCUUUGAGAGAUCAGGGUCACAAGUAGUACGUGGAGGGGCGGCGCAGCACCAGGACAACUCCUUGGACGAAUAUUACGGCGCACGAAGGGGAAACCAUGAGCCACAGACAGAUUCAGAUCGGGGCUGGUCAUACAGUCACCCCCGGAGACAUACCCAUGAUGAGAAACAGGUGCCUAGGCUAAUGUGUCGGACACCUGGAGGGAGUCAGAAGUAUGACCACUCUUACCUAACCAGUGCCCUUGAAAGGAAAUCACGAAGCUACGAUGAGAGUGGUGAGCACAGCGAGACCCCUUCAAAGCUUAGCUCCCAUUCCAGCCAGAGAGGUGGGUCGUACUAUGCCUGGUCACCACAAUCAACUUACAAGUCAGGACAGCAGCAGCAGCAACAACAACCUCCACAGCAGGAGGAAGGAGAAGACCCUCUACCGCCUUACAGCGAGAGGGAGUUGAGCCGGGGUUCUUCAUACAGAAGCAGAGAACAAUCUAAUCUCAACUCCUCAGAGAAGAAAAGGAAAAAAGAGCCAAAGAAAACAAAUGAAUUUCCAACAAGGAUGUCUCUUGUGGUGUGAUGCUGUCUUAGAAGGCCUGUGUUAAUAGACUGAGAAACCAGAAGCUCUCAGAACUACUUGGACUUCAAGGAUGUUGAAGGCUCUUGUCAGUUUCAGUCAUGGACCUGGAGGACUAAUGUGAAAGCCAUUUCCAGCCAAUUGCCCUUACCCAGCGAGCCUCUUGGAAAAGAUAGCUCACUUCACCAGGAAGUAAAGUAGGGUGUUUUGUUUUUACUGUACUUAUCCUUGGACUUCACUACACAAAGGUGAUUAUCUCUGUACUUUGAUUCUCCAAAAUGCCUGCAAUACUGAAGGAGCUGCCAUCUUGUACAGUAUAUAU